GCAAGAAGUACAGUCGAAUCUGGCAGCAGGGAAUAUUUUUGUUUCUUAGAAAAAUGUUUGUGUUUAUUGAAGAUUAAGAUUCACAGAACGGGGAAAGAAAGAAAGAAAGAAAUGGCCGAUAAGAACUUUUUAUGUACAUCCAUCCAUACAGACAGACAGACAGACAGACAGACAGAUAGAUAGAUAGAUAGAUGAAUGGAUAGAUAGAUAGAUAGAUAGAUAGAUAAAUGGCGAGAGAGAAAGAUAGAUUAAUAGAUAGAUGGAUGGAUGGAUGGAUGGAUGGAAGGACAAAGACUCACACCCGCGCGCGCGCGAUAGUGGACAAGCGAAAAACGUACCACUCAACACACAUUCACGCACCUGUGUCUCUGUGUGUGGGGGGUAGGGGUACUGAUAAAGUACCUCCCAGACGCCCCGUGAUUGCACAUAUCUAUGGAUGUGUGUGUGUGUGUACAUCAACUUCACCCUCACCACCACCACAUAUACAGCGCCACCACCUCCUCUAAGAAGACAAGUGAACCAAGGAACAUCUACGCGAUCGCUUAACUUGCUAGAAACAGUAGCUAAAUUUCUCUCAAAAACAAAGAAAAAGAGUGAGAGAUGAUAAACUCCUAGAUAUGCCUUCCGAUAAGAAACGGAGGCUAUAUCUUCAAUCGUGGGCCAGCUCGAUGAAAACUAAUCAGACAGACCUUAAACAGCAACAACAACAACAAUCAAAAACCGAAACAAAAAUCACGCUGGUUGGGAGUGAAGUGUCGGUCGGAUGUUUCUUAAAAGGUGGCCAUUUUUCGUCUGACACCGAUUGUCUUCAUUUCUCGUGUCUAGCAAUCAUCCUAAUUCUUUAUCUUCUCUCAUGUCUCUUCGGCAAGAUUGCUCCACUUUCCAUCCAUUUUCCUCAAAAUGUUUGAGACUAUUGUCUUGAGACUCAAACAAGAAUCUUGUUGAAAGACCAUUCAGCAAAAAAUUACUUAGCAACCAAAAACCAAAAAAUGUUUGUCAGAAAUCAACGAAACCUUUAAAGGAUGGUGCACAGUGCAAACGCAACUCAAGGAGGCAGUGAUGCAUCGGCCAGUGGCAGCAGCGGCAACAACAGCAACACUGAACUCUCUUGUGCUUACAUUGACUUCCUCAUCCUCGGAGUCAUGUUCAUUUUGUACUCGUUAUGGUGGACCGUACAAACGACCCGCAUCUUCUUCUUCAUGAGGUGGAAACAUGUGGAAUUCCAUUCGUCGCUCGUCUACCCCUGCAGCAAGCAACGCUGGAAGCAGCUGAUCCAGAGUUUCAUAGAGAUCUGCCUGAUUAUCUGUGGCCUUUUGCUCGUCACAAAUUACCGACAUGUGCCUGGGGUCAAUUGGGCCGGCGGUGGUGUUGGAGGGGGUGGUGAAGUGAACGACAGCAAAAACAGUAUGUUGAAAUUGCGGUCUUGCAUAAUCCUCGUGGCUUUCGGACUCUCGUGUUUGGUGAACAUCGGGUCACAGACGUGCACUUACAGCCUGCCGCAGGGCCUCGACUACUGCAUCUUCAUAUUUGCGUUCGGCGUCGAGGCCAUCCUGUUCGGCCACUACGUCAUGGACGACGAACGAGACGACAGCCUGGCUUCGAUCGGCGAGAACUUGGUCACUUACUGUGCCAUUAUGACCGUCGUGGUGACCAUACUGGAGUUCCACUAUCGCAACCAGGUGGUCUUCCCGUUUGUUCGCUCGUUCGUCACACUUGUGCAGGGCACGUGGCUGUGCCACUAUGGUACGAUCAUCUGCUCCCCGUACAAGUGGGACAUUACGGACUACAACAUCAGCAUUCUGUCCACGUACUUUGCGGCCCAUGGCAUGGCCAAUUUCAUAGUCAUCUUUAUCAUCUGGCUCAUCACAUACAAACUGGCGCUCACUGACCGAUGUUGUUGCUUACCGGUCAGUCUGGAGAAAACCAACGAAGUCUUCCUUGAAAACCGAGUCCAUUUCAACUACCACAUGCUGGACAGACUUGGUUCAGAUGCCGAACAAUAGCAAACAACAACAACAACAAUAAUUAUAAUAAUGGUAAGAGGGAAAGCAGAGAAUUGAGGAAGAGUAAGAGGCAAAAGAAAACAUAAGAACUGUCAUUCCUCAGGUAAUGAGUAUUUUUUUAUUAUUAUUAUUUAUUUUAUAAAUUUUUUUAUUUAUGGUAUUUUUUGUAUAUGUAAUCUGAUAUAUAUAUAUAUAUAUAUAUAUAUAUACACGUAUGUAUAUAUUUAUAUGUAUAUAUGAAUGCGUGUGUGUAUAAAUAUAUAUACAUACACAUAG